UAAUAGUAAUAGUCGCCUGCGCUAAUCGGAUUCCUGAUGUCUGAAAUUACAUUAAAAUGUGCAAAGUUGAUGAAACUUUCUCUCACACCUCUCUAUGGCUAUGUUGAAAAAAAUAUCUGUUAUUUUUAAUCAAGUCUUUUGAUCUUAGUACUUAAUAUGAUGUGACAUUUUCCCUUAAAAUUGGUUUCUACAAGGCAAUAUUUGUUUUUCGCCCCGAGGUCGUAAACUUCAAAGUGACACGAUAGUUGUGUAUAUGACGUCGGGACAACAUUCCAUCUGAUCUUUGGUGUCAGAUGGGAGAAUGAUGUAUGCUUUUUCUUUUAAUUAAAGAUUUCAAAUUAUCUUAAUGAUAAUCAUUGUAUACCGAUGAAUCCUACUUCUUGAAAUACCGUACACAAUUUUUUAAGGAAACUCCUUACUGUAUACCUUUCUUGUUUUUUUCCCGUUUUGAGACUCAGAACAUAGAACAAGUUUUAUAAAAACAACUGGAAAUAACAUAUAUUGUAUGAAUUAUGUACUAUGAAAUUGCCUUUUCCGCCUCUGAGUUGAGUUCCUUUUCAAGGUUACGCCACGAGCAAUGAUGGUAGUAAAUUUUGGAGUUAAUGUGAAGAUUCGUACAACGAUUCGUUUUAUAAGUCGUAGAUGAUAUGGCUUUUUGAUAUUUCUGAAUAAAAGUGUAUGAUAUUGUGGAUUUUUUUAUUACUUACGUUUUUACUGGAUUAGUUUAAAAGCCCAGGGUCAAACUUUUCCUAAUGCCAGUUGGAAAUGUCCUUCUUUAGUAAUUUUAAGAAAAUUUUUCACAUUGCUGGAAAUAUUUCUUCUGAAGCUAAAAGAAGAAGAGUGUGCAAUAACAUUAAAUUCAAUGAUGAUCCAGAGCUGUAUUGGGAAAUUAUUGGCGAGCUGGGUGAUGGAGCAUUUGGUAAAGUUUACAAGGCUCAAAAUAGAGAGAAUGGGAAGUUAGCUGCGGCUAAGAUAUGUGAAUUGAAAGGGGAAGAUGACUUGGAUGAUUUUACUGUUGAGAUUGAUAUUUUGUCAGAAUGCAAACACGACAAUAUCGUAGAAUUGUUAGAGGCUUACUUUUAUGAAGCUAAAUUAUGGAUAUUAAUUGAAUUUUGUGAAGGUGGUGCUGUAGAUACUAUAAUGGUGGAUCUGGAAAAGCCUUUGUCUGAACCCCAAAUUCGGUAUCUGUGCCAUGAAGUCUGCCAGGGUCUCCAAUUUUUACAUGAAAACAAAAUCAUCCAUAGGGAUUUGAAAGCUGGAAAUAUCCUCCUAACUAUGGAUGGAGGGGUUAAAUUAGCUGAUUUUGGUGUGUCUGCUAAAAACAAGCAUACACUUCAAAGGAGGGACUCAUUUAUUGGAACUCCUUAUUGGAUGGCUCCUGAAGUUGUUCUCUGUGAAACCUUUAGAGAUAACCCUUAUGACUAUAAGGCUGAUAUUUGGAGUUUGGGUAUAACUCUGAUUGAACUUGCUGAAAUGGAUCCACCUAACCAUGAAAUGACACCUAUGCGUGUGCUGCUUAAAAUUCAGAAGCAAGAUCCACCAACUCUUACUCAGCCAUCAAAAUGGUCUAAGCAGUUUAAUGAUUUUCUUACUAAAUGCUUAAUUAAAGAUCCUCAAAAAAGGAGCAGUGCUAAAGAAUUACUUGAGCACCCCUUUAUUGCUUCAGCUUUGGAUAACAGACCUUUGAGAGAAUUGAUUAGUGAACAUAAAGCAGAAGUGUUUGAAGAAGUUACAGAGGAAGAUGAUUAUCAAGAAGUUCCUUCUGGUUUAUCAUCUUCCCACAUGAGUGUAAAUAGUGAAAUAGGUGACAGUAGUUCCAAUAUAAGCGAUACUUCGGAUACUUCUAGCUCUAAACGAGAAAGUUUAUUAAGCAAAUCAUUGUCUGUUCAAAGCAACAAAAGCCUUUCUGCUUCAAGGCAAGAUAUUAAAAGGCAUUCUGAUCAUUCCAAACCAGUUGCUCCGAAGCUUGAUGCUGAUAAAAAUUUACUCAAUAGAGUUAAAAGUAAAGAAGAUGUAUCAAGUACAACCAAAGAAAAUUUGAAAAAAGCUCAAAGUACACCAUCAUUGCUUGACAAUCCAACAAUUGUAAAUAGGAAACCAUUAGCUCCAGAGCCACCUAAGGAUAAAUUUAGAAAUAGGCCAAUUAGUUGUCUUGAAAUUCAAUCAUCGACGGAGGCUGCGAUUCCAGAAAGCAAAGUUAUUGUUAUAUCAAAUUGUGCAAAUGAAAAAACAAGUUCUUCAACUGAUGAUGAAACGCUUCCUUCCCCUGGUGUUUGGAAGGAAGUUCGAGAAGAAGUUGAUGCUUCAUCUCGCAAUGUUUCUUCUAAUUGGUCUGUGAACACUCUACCGAAAACUCUAACUCCUGAUAGUCCAGAAGUUACCAUAUCAUCCAGUCAUAGUAUUGUAGAAGAAUGUAGUCGGACAAAAAGUAACAAUUCCCUUUCUUCUUUGGAUUCCAGUCAUAUAUCAAUUGUUACUAUCGGUGAUAUUGAAGAAGUCAAAGACUCUUCGGUUUGUGUCGAAGGGACAACUACUACCUCAACUGAUGUAGACUCUUUACCUACUGAAAACGAGGAAGUUGUUGUCCUCCAAACCCCUUCCACGCAUACUCUGUCCAAAUCAGAUAUUGUAGUCGUUAGGACAGAUUGGACUAAGGACAGUAGACCUGUUAUUCAAAUGAGUGAUAAUAAAACUCUAACAAAACCUUUUGUGACAGAUUCUCCUACACGUAGAUCUGUUUCUAGUCAAGAAAACAUUAAGUCUUUUCCUAGUGAUUACUCCCUAAGGAGCAAUUCCCCCGAAGAAAAGCCCAAAAUUAGAGUUAGUGUAAAUCUUAAAAAAGAUCCAGCUUAUCCUUCUCCUCCGCAUUCCCCUGCACCCUCCCGGCCUGCCUCUUCUCCUAAUUUCCCAGUAUCUUCUGACGAUUGCAAAUUACCCUCUGAGAAUGGAAAAGGUCCAAUUGGAAAGAAAGUUACCAGUGAUUCUGAAAGUGUUUCAACAUUAGAUAGUGUUGGAAGUAGUGAUAAAGAAAAUAGAAGUCACGAAGAAGAAAAUCAAGCGACAUUAAGGAAGAAAAAGGAAUAUUCUAGUAAUUCCAAUCAUCAGACAAAUCGUAAAAUCAAUGGAGUCGCUGGGAAACAAAAACCCUCUAGGCCAAAAACAUUGAAAAAGACUAGAAAAUUUAUGGUGGAUGGGGUUGUGGUUACUACGACAACGAGUAAAAUCAUUUAUGAGGAUGAUGAACAAACGAUAAAAGAAGACCAUAUUCUCAGGAAGCAAGAGCUUAGAGAACUAAAAAUGCUACAAAAGCAAGAGACUAAGCAAUUCCAAGAUUUAGCUCUAAAGGCCCAAUUCAAUAGAGAGCAGCAGGAAAAGAAAUUUGAUCAAGAAAUGAUGAUUCUUGUAAAAAAUUAUGAUAAUGAUCUAGAAGCUUUGAAUCGGCAGCAAAAGCAAUUAGUUGAAAAAGCAGAGCAGCAACAAGACUUGGAUUUAAAGUUUGCUUCCAAGAAAAUUCGGUCAGAUCAGGAACGUGAGCUCAAAAACUUCCGAGAAAGUUUAAAAAAUGAAUUCAAGUUUUUAAAGCAAGAAAUUGAAGCUCUCCCAAAAGAUAAAAGAAAAGAUGUAUUAAGAGUAAGACGAGAACAAAUGGAAUUGGAUCAUGUAGAAAGAGAACGGGUAUUUAUUGAACGUUUGAAUGAAAAUCAUGAUUUGGCUGUAAAAAGGUUAGGUGAUACACAUAAAGAAAAGAUUGCAUUGCUGGAAAGGCAGUUUCUUCAACAAAAGCAACAGCUUUUACGAGCUCGAGAGGCUGCUAUAUGGGAAUUAGAAGAGCGCCAUCUGCAUGAGAAACAUCAGUUAGCAAAACGGCAAUUAAAAGAUUUAUUUUUCUUGCAAAGGCAUCAAAUGUUAGUACGACAUGAGAAGGAACUGGAACAAGUUAGAAGAAUGAAUGAUGCCAAGGAAGAAGAAGUGUUAAAGCAGCAAGCUUUAGAGAAAAGACAGUGGCCAAAAAGGAUGAGAUCAGAAAUGAAAACGAGGGAGCUUAUGUUCCGAGAGAGUUUGCGCAUCAGCUAUGCUAAUAUGUCUGAGUCUCACGAGGAUGAAAGAGACAAGAUUCGCAGAUUUCAAGAUGGGGAAAAACGUCGUUACAAGGCCGAACAGAUACGCCAAGAAUCAAAGCACAAAAAGCAGCUGGAAGAACUGAGGGCUCAUGCAGAUUCCACAGUAAAAGAACUGGAGCAGAUGCAGAAUGAAAAAAGAAAACAGCUCAUGGAACAUGAGACUUUAAAGCUAAAACAGUUGGAAGAAGAACAUUCAGCUGAACUUAAGGAAUGGAAAGCAAAUUUGAAACCUCGCAAGCAGAGACUAGAAGAGGAAUUCAUCCACCAGCGUGAAGAACAAGAGCGUUUUUAUGGCACUUCUGCUUAUCUUCAAGACUUUUUAUCCACGGGUGGAGAAUCCCCCCACACUCCAGGCACGCCUGGCUCAGAAGCUUCAUUCAAUCGCAAUUUUUGAUCGCCAUUGAUCAUUCACUGUACAGGAUCAAAUGUAUUAUUCUUGUGACUACACAAAGAAAAAAAAGCUUGCCUUUGUUUUAAUGCAUAGUCUAUAUUAUUUGGGAUAUUAGAGCUCUGGCUAUAUUUAGUGUUUCCCUUUUUGCAUAAAAAAAUAAACCCAAGUGAUAUUACUAAAAAGUGAAGUGUACUACUCUACACUCUAAAGUGCGUUCGUGUACAGGAAAGAGAGAAUGUGAAUAUCCUCAUGAUGUGUUUAAUGUAAAUUCAUUGUUGUUGUUAUUGUUGUAUGAAGAAGUGGCGUGUCUUUGCUCAAUUUCUUGGUACAUGUGAAGUGAAUGUUAUUCUUUCAGUAGUCAAAAACAACUUUUUUUUUAUAUUUUGUAUUAUAAAAUAUUUGUAAAAUAUUUUUUAUGGUUGAAAUUUGGUAAAUGAAUUAAGUCAAAUUUAUUUAUUUUAUGUGUAUUUUCGAUUACCUCUUUUUAUAGCAAUCAUUUGUUGGUUUUAGUGGCAGUAUUAUUCAGAUAUAUAUUUUUGCAGUUAAAUUAUAUAAUUAUUUGAUUUUUAUGUUAAAAUAUGGAUUCUCUGUAGGAAAAAAGUUAAUAUUUAAUUGUAAGAGAUAAAAAGUCAUGCAUUUAAUAUUAUUUGUAAGUGUUCUGAAAAGUUUUAAAUUUUCUUUUUCCCUAUUUCUCGAAUAAAUUUUUUUUAAAGUUCUUCAUAGAAACUUUUUGCAUUGUAGAUAGAUUAUUUUUCCAUUUUGUUUUGUUGAAGAGUUGAAUAGUUUAAAAUAGGCUGAUUAGAUGAAGAUGAAAUAUAAACUGAUAUGCAUUAUUUAACUGAGAUGCGUUAAAAGUAAAAUGUUAUUGAAGUAAAUUACUAUGAAACCUCAGUUAUAUGUUCUAUAAAAAUUGCUUAUUUUUGAUUUUUAUUUAAGUUUAUGAUAAAAUGUUAAAUAUUUUUCUAGCAAUGAAAUAAAUUUCCUCAUUAAGUUUAUUUUCAAGUGAAUACAGUGGCUCGAUAUCUUCUACUUAUUACACAUUAACUUCUGUAUAAUGUCUUACAUAUCAACAUAUAUUUGUAAAUUAUGUAAAAAAUGAUAAAAGAUUAAACACAUGCAUUAAAUACUGUGCCAAUGAAGUUGUACUUCACAAGCAUCCCAAAAUUUGAAUUUAGAGCCUCUUUUUCAAAUGUCUGCAUACAAUUUAUAAAUUUUCUUUUAAAAGAAAAUUUAUAAUGAAUUUUCUUUCAGCUUCAUUUAUUUUUAUUGCAUUAUUUGUAAUAGACAGUAGGUAUUGAAAUGUGUCACUAAAUUAAUGUCAAAUUUUUAAAUAUAUUU